CUAUUUACCCGCAGACUUCGGCUGCCAGGGGUAGCAGGCGCUGCUCCGCGGGUGGCUUCCACGCGUGCCCGCUGUUCGUGGUUAGUGCGCGGGGUGGCGGGGCGAGGGGAAGACCGCCCGCGAGCCCGCGGGGCCGGGAACGUGUCCUCGGCAGUCUUGGUCCCGCUCCAUGCUCCGACCCCCGCCCCUCCACUGACGGCGCCCGGGCUCGUGCGCGGCGCGUCCCGGGGGUCGUAGAGCAGCCGCGCCUCGCUCCCGGCGCGACGAGGGCGCGGGUCGUCAAUGGAUCGCCACUCCAGCUACAUCUUCAUCUGGCUGCAGCUGGAGCUCUGCGCCAUGGCUGUGCUGCUCACUAAAGGAGAGAUCCGAUGCUACUGUGAUGCUGCUCACUGCGUGGCCACUGGGUACAUGUGUAAGUCUGAGCUAAGUGCCUGCUUCUCCAGACUUCUUGAUCCUCAGAACACCAAUUCCCCACUCACCCAUGGCUGCCUAGACUCACUUGCAAGCACAGCAGAGAUCUGCCGAACCAAACAGGCCCAAAACCACUCUGGCCCUGCCAUGCCCACUUUGGAAUGCUGUCAUGAAGACAUGUGCAAUUACCGGGGGCUGCAUGAUGUCCUCUCUCCUCCCAAGAGCGAAGCCUCAGGACAAGGAAACCGGUAUCAGCACGACAGUAGCAGAAACCUCAUCACCAAGGUGCAGGAGCUGACCUCCUCCAAAGAACUGUGGUUUCGCGCAGCUGUGAUAGCAGUCCCCAUCGCUGGUGGCCUGAUCUUAGUGUUGCUCAUUAUGCUGGCCUUGCGGAUGCUCCGAAGUGAGAACAAGAGAUUGCAGGAUCAGCGGCAGCAGAUGCUCUCUCGUUUGCACUACAGCUUUCACGGACACCAUUCCAAGAAGGGACAGGUUGCAAAGUUGGACUUGGAGUGCAUGGUGCCUGUCAGUGGGCAGGAGAACUGCUGUCUGACCUGCGACAAAAUGAGACAAGCGGAGCUCAGCAAUGAGAAGGUCCUCUCCCUUGUGCACUGGGGCAUGUAUAGUGGUCACGGGAAGCUGGAAUUUGUAUGACAACGUCUGUCUGAACCAUAAACUGCACCCUUGAAGGCCUUCUGAGUUCUGCUGACAGGAGCACUUUUAUCUGGAGACAGACUAACUCACUGAGUCAAUUUGGAGAAACGAAAUGGCCUCUGCAAAGGGGAUCUUGGCUAUUUCUUCUGAAGGAUUAUUUGCACAGACUCAAAUACAGUCAAAUGGAUUAAUUUGCUUUGAAAUUAUAAAAGGCAAAGAGAGGACUCUGCACACACUUUUCCAGGGUUCUUUGUAUCCCAGGGAUCCGUGACUGACUGAAAUAAACAGUGUGCUCUCUGUAAGCUCCUACAUCUCCAUUUAUUGUAAAAGAUUUUUUUUUAAAAUAUAUAUUUUUGUCCGAAAA